GCAGCGCGUGGAACAGACGACUCAGAAAGUUGAACCGCCCACCAGAGGAGUGCAAAGUUUAUCGCCGACUGUCGCCGCCAGAGUUAGUGUCAGGUGGUGCACCAGGGCCGGAAGUUGUUGACCGAUUCCAGGCACGGUUCGCUGCACCCUUAGAACGGGUUCUCCCCGUGGGACUGCACCGCUGCAGAGUUGUUGAGGAAAAAGGAUUUUAGUGAGGGCGCGUGUGAAGAGUUGUGCAGUCAAAAGUGGCACUUGAGGGUCAGUGAAAGGAAAGGACCCACUUCCGGCAGGACCCUUUUGUCGUUUGCGUGGGUGGCUUAAACUACGUGUACGUGUUCCGUGUAUGUGUGCUGCACGAGAAAGUGUAGCGACAAGGACCGAGGACAAUCAGAAGGAGCAGCAGCAGCAGCAGCAAGAAUGCCCGGCGGAGUGGUGUUCCUAGUCUGUGUGCCGACGGCGAAUUAUGAACGAGCACUAAUUAAUGGACUCGAUUACGACAACAGUGAGGUGUUGCCACCCUCGCAGGCACCCCCACAGUCUCCACCACCUCCCUACCAUCAGCACCAAAAGUUGAACAUCAAUGUACCGGAACCGGGUACGACCCCGCUGGGUGGAUCUACCGAGGAAACCAAUGCCAACGCCAUUCUGCGGUUGGAGGUGGAACUUCGCGACAAGCAUGCCGCCACCAAUCGACGUCCGGCGAGGCCAAGGCCACCCCCACCACCACCCCCUCGCAAGGACGUGGGCUUUGUGCCGAUGGAGAAGGUCCUCGACGAACUGCUGAAAAAGCUCGAAAUCGAGCACGUGCUCUGGCAGCUGGACCGAGCUGGCCACUAUCACCAGGUCCUGUUUCCGCUGGCCUCUGGCGAUCCCUGCGAGACGACCCUGCACUGUCUGACCGAGCUGGGCAUCGGAAAGCGCGCCAACUCGACCGUCAGUGUUUUGCCGUGCAGUGUCAGUUAUGAUGGGUCGGUGGAAAUCCUGGAAGAUGAGUACAACGACGACUACGGUGCGGGAGCCGCCGACGAGCCCAACUCCAAGUGGAACAACUUUGUCGACUCGAUCCGGUCGAAGCUGACGGUGAAACAGGUGGUCGACGGAGUCCGCGCCGGCGGUUCGCUCUCGUUCGACUAUCUGCUGCUGAUCGUCACGGCCGACUCGCUGGCUGCGCUCGGCCUGGUGGAGAACAACGCCCCGAACAUUGUGGCCGCCAUGCUGGUUUCGCCGCUGAUGGGACCGGUCAUGUCGAUUACCUUCGGUGCGAUUAUUGCCGACCGGGAGCUGGUGAAGGUCGGUUUCAUCUCGCUGGCGCUGGGAAUGUUCAUCUCGAUCCUGUUUGGUUUCAUCUUCGGGCUGAUUCUGGGCACCACCGAGAUGCCCUGGGGCCUCGGAGACUUCCCCACCGAGGAGAUGAAGGGACGUGGAAAUGCCCGCUCGCUGUGGAUGGGCAUCCUGUGGGCGCUGACGUCGGGCAGUGGAGUCGCGGUGGCCCUGCUCCAAGGAUCGGCCGGCCCCUUAAUCGGUGUGGCCAUUUCCGCCUCGCUGCUGCCGCCGGUGGUCAAUUGUGGACUCUUCUGGGCGUUGGCCUGCAUCUGGCUGAUCUACGAGGAUAUCAAGAUGCCCCACCUCAAGGGCGAAGCAUUCGUUGGCAACUCCAGCUACCAGUUCCUGUACACCAAUUACAUCCCAACGGAGUUCCUAAUUAACGGAAUCGUUUCCGGCCUCCUCACAGUCAUCAACGUCAUCUGCAUCUUCGCCACAGCCAUCAUCGUGCUCAAGAUCAAGGAGGUUGCGGCACCGUACACGUCGAGUCCGGAUCUGCGCAGAUUCUGGGAAACGGACAUCCGAACGGCUCGGACGGCCAACCGGACCACCAUCCGGAGGAGGCAAGCUGGCGGCGGUGGCAGCGGAGGCCAAGCAGGUGCCGAGGCGGACCUCAUGUCCACGUACGCCGAGCUGGAGAACGACCCGAAGGCACGCAACCUGGAGACGGCCCUGGAGCAAGCGCUGAAGGAGGCCGUCGACGACGACACCUACCGGACGGUGAAGCGGAUGAGCUACUCGAGCAACGCUGCCAGUGAGAUUGCCGAGCGUCUGUUCGGAAUCACCGGCGCCGGCGUUGGAGCGUCCGGUUCCGGCUCCGGCCAACCCACGGCCUCAUCCAUCCGCAACUCGAAGAACACCGCCGACCUGAAGCUGCUGGAAAAGCUCGUGACUUCGCUGAUUGAUGCGCAGAGUUCCAGCGCGUCUUCCGGUGGCGCGUCCGGAACGUCCAAGAUGCAACGUCUGCGGCCGCUCUCGAGGUCGUUCCGGCUGCCGGGAUCGCUGAAGAGGAAGGAGGGUGGAGCAGGAGGAGGACAGAGUGGAACUAUGCCGACGAUUAGGGAGUCGGGUGGAAGUGGCGGAGGUGGUCACAGGACCAAUUCCUGGAGUGACCCCAACAGUAACGUGCGUCGGGUGCUGAGUUCGAUUGCGAAUGCACCGCACCGGUUCAGUCAGUCGCUGGGAACUGGCGGUGGUGAUGGGCGGAACGAUGAGGAGAGGAGCAAUUUGACGCAGAAUAUUUUGUGAAGUUUUGACUUUGCUUCUACACAUUUAAUAUUUUUUUAUGAUUUGGUUUGAAAAAGGAAAAUGAAAGCAAAAUUCAUGAGAAGAUGGAACCAAAAAAAUAAUAACUAGCAAUUAGAUGAUGUAUGUAUGUAUGUAUGUAUGUAUGAUCCCCAUACCCGCAGGCAACUUGGUCCCGAAACACAUGUGAGCGCUAGGUGAACAAUUCGAUCAUCUUUUACUCCGUAAUCUGUACACCCACGUGCAUAAGUUUUUUUGCACGAAUUUUAAUGCUACAAAUACCGGCGCAUAGAUCAAAAUGGUUUCCCGCUUCCCUCCCCAAGCGCCGGAAAUUUGCAGCGGGUGUAGGGACACUUUGCAUAGACGCCCUUGUUCCCAUCACGUCACUGAGGGUAUGGAGCGACGAGAAAUUAAUAAGCAUGCCCCCCUAGUCGAACCUUCAUUAGAGAAGCAGGCAAUCCACAACUCACAGCGAACGACCAAGGGAACACCCUACCGCGUAUUUAGUGGAAAUUGGCGUAGUUAGUCUUGAGUGGAAUGAGUGAGUGUUAGCGUAUAAGUGAAAGUUAUUUUUUUUUGUACUAUAACAAGAACGGGCUCACCAAAUUAUGUAUCUUCAAUACCAGCUUCAUCUUCAGUAUCUUCAUUUGAUUAACUUGUGAUCCGUCGACAAACUUGAAACAGCCAGCGUGUUGAUGAUAUGAAUUUUCGCCGAGUGAAAACGUCACCGAUGGACCCAAUGGUUGUCCGAGGAAACGCACCGGAUAACCAUCCGCCGAUGAGUUGCUGCCAGGAAACGUUUACGUUGAAAUCCGGAAAGCAGCUCAAUUUUUUGCAAAAGGCUCGGAAAAUCCAGAAAGAUGUGCUCCUGAAGUCACGCUGGAAACCACCGUCAGGACGCCUUUUCCGCGACUACACCUUUUCCACUGGAUUUCAGCAAUUUUUCGCACUUUUUGAAAUAAAAUUGAGGGAGGAAAUUGACAGCGAAUUUUUUUUCGAUCCGCACACACGCGAGGCUUACUUCGAUCAAUAAUAACUAGCAAUUAGAUGAUAUUAUUUUAAAUAAAG